CUGCCUGGCAGCAGCAGCAGCAGCAGGCGUGCUGGUCGCUCCCUUGGCUGCAGCGGAAUCCCAAGCGAAGCGUGUUUUUUCCAUUCCCUUUACAUGUAUCUUUUGUACAUACAUGUAAAGUGUCAGAUGCGAAGUAUUUAGUCAUGAUUUUCCAUUAUUCAGACCGGUGGAUCUAAUGAUAACUGAAACGGCAGCAAAGGGGUGGUGGUUCCGUGAUGUACUUUAGUCGGGGAAGAACUGCUUUCUCGAGGUCCAGGUUGAGGCCUACUUGUUAAAGACCCCCCUCCUCCUCCUCCCCUCCUGAAUCUCAUCGUGAUGGCAGAAGAUCAACAACAACCUGGUCACCUACAGAAGCCUAUCUCGGGAAUAGGCUCUUUACCAUCUCUGGUUCCAGGACUGCAGGGGGCGGAGGCCAGUGCAUUGCAGCACAAAAUAAAAAACUCCAUCUGCAAAUCUGUACAAUCAAGAGUGGACAACAUAUUGCAAGAUGUGGAGAAGUUUACAGACAUUGAAAAACUCUACCUCUACCUUAAGCUGCCUUCUGGUCCCAGCAAUGCCACUGACAAAAGCGAUCAGAGUUCCAUGUCGUCCAGCCGAACACAGCAGAUGCACGCGUUCAACUGGAUCCGCAAUCACCUAGAGGAGCACCCCGAGACCUCGCUCCCCAAACAGGAGGUCUAUGACGAGUACAAGAGCUAUUGUGACAAUCUGGGCUACCAUCCACUUAGUGCAGCAGACUUUGGGAAGAUCAUGAAAAACGUCUUCCCGAACAUGAAGGCACGUCGACUCGGCAUGAGAGGCAAAUCAAAAUACUGCUAUAGUGGACUAAGGAAGAAGGCAUUUGUUCACAUGCCAUCUCUGCCCAACCUGGAUCUACAUAAAACAGGAGAUGGGUGUGAGGCGCUGGAGCCCUCGGGCCAGCUGCCCAGUGCGGAGGACGAGGUCCGCUCGGCCGCCUGUGGCCUGGUUUGUGAGUGGGCUCAGAAGGUGCUGACCCGGCAGUUUGACUGCGUGGAGGACCUGGCUCGCUUCUUGCUCAACAGCCACUAUAUCGGCACCAAGUCUGUCGCGGCGCUCACCGUGAUGACCGGAACUCCCAAAGGGGUGAAGACGCCGACGCCAGGCUCCGCGUUUGUGCCGACGGCGGAAGCCAACACCUUCCAGCCCCAGGUGAAGACCCUGCCAUCCCCCUCCAUCGAUGCUAAACAGCAGCUGCAGCGCAAGAUUCAGAAGAAACAGCAGGAACAGAAGCUUCACUCCCCGUUGCCAGGCGACCCCCAGGCCACGCCCGGCACAGGGGCUGCCAUCCCCUGUGGAAGCCCCGCCCUGCUCUCCCCGCAGCCCACCAUUGGCAUCGUGGUGGCUGCCGUCCCGAGUCCAAUCACAGUACAGAGGGGCAGGCAGUUGAUGACCUCUCCCAGUCCUGUAGGCACGACGGAAGGCAAAGUACUGCCGGUCAACUUUCAAGUGGUCACCCAGUCAAUGCAGCCUGCCAAGCCGUCCCCCAAGACGCCACAGAACUUCUCCGCCAGCCCUGUGGGGGACCGCUCAGCCCGCCACCGCUACCCCCAGAUCCUGCCCAAGCCAUCGGCCACCAGCGCCAUCACCCUGCGCUCGCCCCCGACGCUACUCAUAACCAACAGCCCCAUCAAGACCGUGAUGCCCACGCCGCACGUGGGCUCCGUCAACGUGGUAAAGAUGACGGCAAUAUCCUUGGCGCCUAGCAGUAGCACCACGACCACCACUCUGCGGCCCGCCUCUGCCGGUGUCUCGGAAGAGCACAGACACGUCCCGCAGGCCAGAAGUGGCUCUGCAGCCUCUUUGCUGUCCCCUAUAGCCAAAUUAGGGCACGCUGCUGCCAUGACCCCCACCAUCGACAUCAAGAUGGAGCCUGAAGCCAUAACAGACAGCAACCAGGCCCUCGUUGCUGACAGGCUGCACGCCACUCAGGAAGCCGGCAGUAGGCAGAAGGGCGAGGGAGGUGCUAAGCCCAGGGCCGCCAGCGAAUCAACGUCCCACGCCAAGGGCUCGUCGGGUCUCGAAGGAACGACCAGGCCCAGCUGCGACGAGAAGUCCCCUUCCAACGACAGCACUGUGGCAGCUUCUGCUAGCAGCAAUAACAACAGUAACAAUAACGAAAGCACUUUGUACCUGACCAUCUCCAGUCAGAACACCAGCAUUGCUCUGUCGUCCGGCGGCAGAGCCUCUGCUGCAGCGUCGCCCAAGGAAAGCUGCCUGGGACCGAAAAGCCCGAGGAAACGAGCCGGCUUCAGUCUGGAGUCGCACACCAUGCCCGUCAAGAAGGUGUUCAUCUCCCAACAGCCGAUUGUGGGGAUUGAUAAUAGUCCCAAGCCCGGCAUCAAGAAAAUUUCUAGGGCCGGGACACCUGCUAAACCCGAAAGCGCACCAGCAAGCACACCAAGCAAAAUAACCGUCAAGCUGAACUCGACUGUACCGACUCGGAUACUAGCGCUCUCGGACUCCCCUGUUGGAAACGUAAGCGGUUUCCAGACUGUUGUCAAACCCCAGACGUCCUCCCAGGUCAAACCUGAAGGGACACCGUCUGACAUGGACACCAGCAGCAGCAGCAGUCUUGUUUGUCAAAACCCCACCUCAAACCCAACGUUACUGCAGCAUAUCACAAUCAGCCCGCAGGUUGUGUCCACUGGCUCGGACGUGCUUGAGGCCUCUGCGGUAAAUGACUUGAAGAGCUCCAUGUGGGCGGAAGGGCAGCUGGAUGGCAUUCAGCAGCAGCAAACGUAUGUACAGCAGAUAACAGACCAUAAACAGAUCUCUACGCCCGUGAUGGACCAGCUCCCCACCAUGGCCCAAGCCGCAGCCUCAAGCCAGCUGACUCUCCACCCUGACAUCAUCAACUUCGCCGGAACCCAGUCCAGUGUGGAUUACUUCCCCUUCAACGAUGACGACAUGACACAGGACAGCAUUGUGGAGGAACUGGUGCAGAUGGAGGAGCAGAUGAAGUUGAACAGCGGCCUGCAGUCCUUCAGCAGCUGUGUUGACCUCGAACUGCAAGACCAGUCCACCGUGGUGCAGGGUGCCAUCCUGUCCACUCACCAGGUGGGCAGCACGCCCUUCUACCACUCAGCCCACAGCAGCACCACUCCCACUCACACGCCUACGCCGACUCCCACGCCCACCCCCACCCCUACCUCCGAACUGAUGGGAGGGGUAUCCAGUCUGACUCGGGAGAGCCCUUGUUCGCGGAUGGCGCCCACCACUCCAGUGGACAGCGCUCUGGGAAGCAGCCGGCACACGCCCAUCGGGACCCCGCACUCAAACUGCAGCAGCAGUGUCCCCCCCAGUCCGGUGGAGUGCAGGAACCCUUUCGCCUUCACGCCCAUCAACUCCAGUAUGACCGGCUUCCACGACGCCAGCAUCAUCUCCAGCAGCCCAGUCAAACCCAUGCAGAGGCCCACCGCCACCCAUCCAGACAAGGCCAAGCUGGACUGGAUGAACAACGGUUACAACAGUGGCUCUGGAGCCUCGACUAUAUCCAACAAUGGCAUCGGCAUCCUUCCUAGCUACCAGGACCUGGUAGAGGACCAUUUUAGGAAGCCCCACGCCUUUGCCAUUCCCGGGCAGUCUUAUCAGGGCCAGUCCAGGCACGCCGAUGGCCACUUUGGCCGUCUGACACCUAUAUCCCCGGUGCAGCAGCAGGUCACUGGAGUGACCAGCCUAAACAAGCAGGAAGGCUUUGCAGUGCCUGCCCCCUUGGACGGCAAGGCCGCAGGCUCUACGGGAGGCGGAAACUUCCGCUGUCGCAGCGUAAGCCCCGCCGUGCGACAGCGGAAUCUGAGCGGGAACACGGCCUACUCCAACAUCCCCAGAACCGUGGCGUCCCCCUUCAGCUCCCCCAUCACCCCGGAAGUUCUCAACAUCUUCGCCAACAGUCAGUCGGACGUCAGCAGCAGCAGCAUGGCCCAGAGGAGCCAGUCGGUACCGCUCAACGUGAUGAUGCAGACCGAGGUGUUGCCCAUGCAGAAGCAGAGCAACAGCAAGAAGAUCACCAACGUGCUGCUGAGCAAGAUGGACUCUGAUGGCGACGACGCUGUGAGAGGCCUGGGCAUCAACAACCUGCCCUCAAACUACACCGCCCGCAUGAACCUCACCCAGAUCCUGGAGACUUCCACCACGGGCUUCACCACCAGCACUGGAAGUGCCAACCACCAGGCUCUGGGCGACUCCAGCCCUUCUCCCUAUGAGUUCCAGAGGCCCGGGCACCAUGUGAAGGGUGUCCGGAAUGACCAGAUGGGCUUUGUUUCCGGGGAGGAUCAAGCACAACCGGGGCCCGGAGAGCAGCAGCUGGAGCGGGAGCAGGAGCUACAGCCGCAGCUACAGGACCAGCAGGAACAGAGCCAGCCACAGCUGCUGUCUGAGGACCAAGAGCAGCAGCAGCAGCAGCUGGAUUUCAAUAACACUGUUAAGGACCUGUUAGGGGAGGAUGGGUUGAACCCCAGCUCCCAACUGGUGGGGCAGGUGGCAUCAGAACUCAAUGCAGUGGCAUCCGAUUUCUCCAGCGACAUCAGACUGACUUCGGAACUUUCCAGUAGCAUCAAUGACCUUAACACUUUAGACGCGAAUCUACUGUUUGACCCAAAUCGACAGCAGGGGCAGUAUGAAGACCCUACACUGGAAGAACUGAAGAAUGAUCCCCUCUUCCAGCAAAUAUGCAGUGAGACUGUCAACUCUGCUAGUUUUGACUGGCUGGAAAGUAAAGACCAGCCUACCGUGGAAAUGUUGGGUUAAUGUUUUGUUUUUUUUGUUUGUUUUUUUGAUACAGUUUUUUAUUAUUUGUUUUAAUUAUUUUUUAGUUGGAUGUCUGUUUUAGUAUUUCUCUUUCUCCGUCUCACAUUGUUUUGUAUUGUACAGCACACUGCAACAUGAAUCUGGACAUUUUCACAUUUGUCCAGUGAGAAGUGCCAGCCUGAAGUGAAAUUAUCACUCUUGUGAGUGUCUCUUUUCUUUUUCCUCUCUCUCUUGCUCUCUCUCUCUCUCUCUCUCUCUCUGUCUAUCUGUAUCUAUCUCUAUCUCUCUCCCAUCUCUAUCUCUCUCUGUCUCUGAUAUUGGAAAGGAAUCAUUAUGGAUUGCAGCUGGGUAAUUCAAUUGAGACACUGAGGUAAAUUAGCAUGAUUGAAUUUUCACACUGUCAAUUAUUGGAUGGUGGAGAUUGUUUUCAUUGGAUGGCCAGACAGCUACAUUAUGCUUUUUUAUUUAUUUAUUUUUUAAAGAAAGCCUAAAUAUGGGAUAGUAGGGAUUUUUUUAAUUAAAUAGUCUUCUUUUCACCCUGGUAAGUAAUGUUCACUCCAUUGCCAGAGGUUAUGCUGUUGAACAAAUAAUGCAAUGUUUUUCAAAGGACAAAUCAUUAAGCUGUUUUAGACUGUUUUUCUUGGGGAAAAUUAAUCCUUUCUCAAAAUAAGCUCUUGACACAUGACAAGAACCUCUUGCUUUGGACUGAUUACCAAGGAUUGCUCGGAAAUGUGGAAAACUCUUGCAGUCCAUAUGUACUUUUGAGUUCCUAUUAAAUGUUUACCACAGUGUAUCUUUUCACGGAGUAACCAGCAGCAUACAUGACAUUAUGUGGGCAUUUCUAAUAACUACUGCUGGUCUCUUUUCUUGCCAUUUCAGGUUGCUCAGAUUGUAGCAGGGUGCUACCAGGUGCUAAAUUAAAAACAAAGAUAGAAUCAUAUACCAAAUCAGUGGUAAAACCUUUAAUAUGUUUUCAUUGUCCGAAAAUUUGAAAAGAAUACAUAAAGUCUAUAUAAAAGGGAAGUGUUUUUAUUUUAUUUUUAUUUUUUUAUUGUUUUUUUCCCACAAAAAUGGUUAUUAAAUUUAUUUGGAAAUAGGGAAUAUCACAUGAGGGAAGAAUGGCAGCUGGAUUUUGUUGGCAGUGCUGAACCGUUUUAAUGUCUUAUCUGCAUUUAAGAAUUGGGGAUGUGGCAUUUCAUUUGCAGCUGAAUCGGGGCUUCUGUGAUAUGAGCUUCAAAGCCUCUCGGCAGCUGUUGAAGAAGUGUAUUGUGAUUUUAUAAAAACAAAACAAAAAAUAGUUAAUUAUGUAUUUGCAUACAUUUAUAUUGGGUAAUACAUAAGGGUUUGUUUUCCCCCCUUUUAUAAAUUAACAUUGCAUUUGUUCACUUUUUUUAUAUAGUGUAGUGGUUGGCCUGAAUUGCCUGAGACAGUUCUAGCUUGCUGAAGGAUCAAGCACAUAUUUGGUGGGAAGGAAGAGAUUGGCUUUAUUUUGCAUUAAUGUGUUUUGAAACUGAAGUGCACAGAUAUUGCCUUCUCUUUGUAAAAUUAAAAUUAAAAUGACACCUGAAGGGAAGAAAACAUUUUCUCAAUGGAGUUUGAUGAACUUGUGUCGUUUAAUUUAGAAAGUUGAUUGUUACGAAUGAAAGGCCAUGAAUGGACGUGUGUAAAAAUGGAUGGAUAAUGCAUUUAAUUUUAGGCAGGACUAGUCUUACUUAAUGUUUACCACAAAUGUUGAAAGGUAUGAGCAAAAGGUCAGUAUUGUCCUAGUUUUCUUGUUCUUUUUAAGUUUUUGUUUGUAACUACGUGUCUCUCUACUUUUGCGAGUUCAGUCCCACAGGCCUCCAAACCAUUUGACCCGUCUGAAUGGUUGAAGUGUUUGCAUGUUAGGUAAUGCUUCAAAUCUGAAUAUGUUUAUCGCUUGUAUUCUUUAUAGGAUAUCUAGUAGAUGGGUAUGGAUGCAGUUUUUGAUUGAAAAUGUUGUCAAUGUUGUCAGUCGGGAAUGUGUUGAUGGGGAAAAAUACAUUUGGGAAGAGAGGUCCCAAUUUCAUUGCAGCUGUAAGUUCAGUGGGAUAUGGGACAUCAGCUUCAUAAAAAUCAUCAAUUCUAACAAAUGAUGUACAAUAUUCGAAAUUUCAGGUCAGAGGUAUCAAACCAAAAACAACACAUUGCUUCAGUGGCAUUGCUUCAGUGAGUUCUUUAGGUUGUUUUUAAAUCUACCGACAUGAUACGCUUCUACAUCCAUUACCACUGAGGAUAAAGACAGAAAUAUUUAUUUGUAUGUCCUUUCCCAUCUUCUCUUCUGUUUACACUCUCUUCAAGCAGAACACGGGUCACCCUCCGUAAACAGUUUUUCACAGUGGGUUGUUGAACUUUUAGAGGUUACCUUUCCCAGGUUAGAAGAAGACAGAAAAAUAUGGAGAAAAUCAAGUUUGUUGUUUAUCAGGGCCUUGCGGUGAUUCUGGAGUAUCAGCCUUAUGUGCAUACCAAAGAAAAGCUAUUGAGAUGGAGAGGAAAAGAGAAUCAGAUCUGUGAGUAUCGUUAAAUCUGCUUACCCAGUGACCCCCCACUCCCCAUACAGGCCUCUAGCCUUCACAGCACACUGGUUUGAAGGCUUUUACAGUUAUGGUCAUUGUGAAGUCCUUUAAUUUUGUCCUGCAGUUGGGAUGGAAAUGGAAAUCAGUGUUUUUACUUUAUUUAUUUUUUCUUUUUCUUUUUUUUUUAAAGGCGAUGACUUCUCUUUAGCACUGGGAAACUUGUAUGGAAAAGCAUGCUAAUAUCCACACUACUGGUGUUUUAAAAAAAGAAAAAAAUGAAAAAAAGAUGAUGUAGCAGGAUGUAUUUUGGGUGAAUUUUGUUGACUGUUGUAAUUGCGCUUAACCCUGUUAAAAAGCUCCAUUUGUAAAUAUGACAGAUCCACUGAAAGAUCCAAUCAAUCAAGACAUGUUGUAUUAUGACCAUUAUUGUACAAAACUACAAUUCUGUGCACCUUCACAAAUACUACACUGAGUAUAUUGGAUCUAUAGCCAGUGAGAUAUGCUGUGUUUUCCGCUUCUGGCUCCUGUCUUGUACAGAUGAUGAUGUUUGUUUGGUUUCUAGCUUUGUGGUGUCUGUCGUUUGUUUGCUCUGAAAUGUAUAGAUUUCUGCAUUUGCAGAAGAGAUGUGUACUUUGGGUAAGAACAAUAGCAUGGUUUUUAAGAAAAAAAAGUAUUAUGAUAUAUUAGCAGGUUGCUUGUCUUUCUGUGACAGAUAUGUUUUGUGCCCAGAACUUUGCAGCAGACACUGGAAAUUUAAAGGUUCAAAGGUUCAAAUUUCAGCAAGCUUUCGGCGGUUCAUGUUAUUGCACUAAACUUUUUAUGAACCAAGGGUUUGGCACCUCUUUUAGGACAAAUGCAACACAAUUGAAGCCCGCAAAAAAUAAAAAAAUAGAAAAAGAAAAAAUAUUUUUUAUAAACAGCUUAAAUAAGAUAAAAAAUAAUGAAUAAAUGAGAAGUGUCAUAAAAAAUGACAAAUUAAUUGUCUUAUGUAGCAAUGUGCAUUGAUCUCCAUGAGAUAAGUCUUUACGCAUUCUCAUACAGGAGAAUAUAAAAUGCGAUUUAAGGAAAAUUUUAAAAAUAAAAAGAAUUAUCAAAUUUUCCUUCACCAUGUUGAUAAAUGAUCAUAAACAUGCAUGUGUGUUGAAUUCUAUUGUACAGACUAUCCUUAGUAACCACUUUCUUUGCUGUAAAGAGGACUGGUUCUGUCAACCAGAAAGGUGUACCUUCUGUCACGACAAGUUACUUGCAUUGUUCGAUGUUUACUAAUACAGAUUAGUACGUGUUCUAUAUGUUCUGUUUAUGAAUUUAUUUGGUUUAUUUGUGUUUUUUAAAUUAUUUUUAAGAAAAAUAUACAUCUGUGAAAAGUUAAUUUUGUUUUCCUUUUUUUUUUUCUAAAUCAUUAAAAAUAAGCACUGAUGUUUGGAGUGAAUGAAGAAAAAAAAAAGGCUUUUCUUGUAGUGCACAGGAGCCUCCUCAUGCCUCUCUCUGCUGUCCCUUUCACUCACCCAGUAGAAACCCUUCUUUAAAUGCUCCUCCUCUCCAUUAGACUUGUAGAACCUUCCGCAGUAAUGUUGUUGUCUGGUGUAAAGCGGACCGUACAGUAGUUUGGUAAUGUUGCGAUAGCGUUUUGGCCAUGUUAAUUUUUUUUUUUUCUUUUGUUCUUUUUUCCAUUGAAAAGUGCUCAAAGAUGUUGAGAUUUUUUAAGUGGUUUUAAAAACCA